AUUUUCGUUUACAAAUGGCGACGCCCAGAAGUAUCUGAAAUAUUUUCAUUGUAUAUAGUAUAGAUCUAAUUCUCAUAGAGGUCUAUGUUAUGACUGAUAAGAUAUAGACUAGUUCCAUUGAUAGACCUUGAUCUAGUUAUUGCCCUCCUAGAUUAGAUAAGAUAAAGGUGACUGCAGAUAGAUUUUGGCUAGAAAUAAACGGAUAUAGAAAAGCCGAACAUGACUUCGGAACUGCACUGGAGGCGUCAUUGGAAACCAGAUUUAUAUGCAUGUCCAUGGAAGCCACUUGAUCUCGCAGAUGGAAAACACUACUUAAUAAAGAGCAAAUUUGACGAUAGUUCAUACGAGCUUUUAGUAACAGACUUGUCAAGGUUUUGGUAUGAAAGCCUUAGUGGAGAUAAGCUUAAAAGUCGUGUUAGUACUCUUAACCCAUGCUUUGAAGCCCCAUUGUCUACAAUUUUGGAUCAGAUUAAAGAAAAUCUUCUGAAUCAAGACAAAAAAACACAGCUCAAUCUUUCUGCCAGUGAUGACAAGUUUGUUCUGGAAAUCAACUCUCAGUUGGCAGGCAUACCCUUCUGUUAUUCAUUUCAGGCUGAGUUAGCCAAUCAGGAAAUGGGAAGAGACCAUUUAACAGUUCCACUACUAGUGAUGGUAGGAGAGAUGUAUCGACAACAGAAGGAGCUGUUUAAAGUGCUAGAGGCUAAAGACAAUCAGAUCAAAGACUACAAAAGUCAAGGAGCCAAAGUUUCCAGAAAAUAUCUAGAGACUUUGCCAUUUGACAGUGUAGCAUUUUAUAACAACAUGACAACAUCCAAGGGUUUUGAGGAAGAAGUAAAGAGUUUUGGAGAGAAAACAUUCACCUCUGAAGCACAAGAGCUCUACAGAGACAUCAUCACUAAACAAUCAUGGCUAAAGAGCAGUCCUGUGAAAAGUGACAAAAUUACUUCUUCCGAAGAAAGUAUAAAUGGCAAACCUUCUGAUCCAAGUGUUGAAUCUUGGGCCAAUCGAUUUCCUGGCUCUGUUGUACCUAAAGAUAAUUCACCUAACAAAAUCUCUCCAGAGAAAUCUGAGGGCAAGAGUCCUGCUUCAUCCAGCAGUGAAGCAUCACCGCUAAAGGACAGUGAACUUCUUCGUCGCCAAGCAUUGGAAAGAAAGCUUGAACUGGAAGCUGCCAAGGAGCAAGAGAAAGGAAAGAAGAAGAAAAGAAAAUUAAAAUUUUGAUCUUGUCUCUUA